AGGGCGCAUACUAUCUUCUACUUAAAACCCUCCUCCCCACACCUCACACAUACACUUUCUUACUCUCUGACUCCUCACCUCAUACAACUUUUUAAACAGAUUCAACAUGUGUGGAAUCUUCGCCUGCUAUAGGCACCCCGAUGUGCAGAAAUUCAAGCCCCAGGCUUUGAAGCUUGGAAAGGCCAUCCGACAUCGGGGCCCGGAUUGGAGUGGCAGCUUGAUCUCCAACGAUACGAUUUUGGUUCACGAGCGUCUCAGUAUCGUCGGUGUCGACUCUGGAGCCCAGCCGCUCGUCAACGAGGAGGGCACAAUCUCUCUAGCUGUCAACGGCGAGAUCUAUAACCACCGUAUCCUCCGCAAGACCCUCAAGACCCCAUAUAACUUCAAGACCCACUCCGACUGCGAAGUCAUCAUCCCUUUGUAUCUCGAGCAUGGAAUUGAUACUCCAAGACACUUGGAUGGCAUGUUCUCUUGGGUUUUGCACGACAAGGCCAACGACCGAGUCAUUGCUGCUCGCGAUCCCAUCGGAGUCACCACUUUCUACCUCGGACGAUCGAGCCAGACGCCUGGUGCUGUCUACUUUGCUUCCGAGUUGAAGUGCCUUCACCCCGUCUGCGACGACAUUAUCUCCUUCCCUCCUGGACAUGUCUAUGACUCCAAGACAGACAAGUUGACCCGGUACUUCGACCCUAAAUGGCUUACCGAGCCCUCCAACAUCCCCACCGCCCCUGUAAACUACAAGGAGCUCAGGUCAACAUUGGAGACCGCUGUCCGCAAGCGAUUGAUGGCUGAGGUACCAUAUGGUGUAUUGUUGUCUGGAGGUCUCGACUCAAGUUUGGUUGCAUCGAUCGCCCAGCGCGAGACACUGCGAUUGAACGAGUUGGCAAAGAAGCGAAUCAGCGACAACGGCAACGGCAACGGCUACGAAUUGGAUGGUCAUGCCCCGGGACAUCUUGUUGGUAUCGACGACUCAGACGAGCUUGCUACCGUCAACAUUUUGCCUCAAUUGAACUCCUUCUCCAUCGGUCUACCAGGAGCGCCAGACGCCAUUGCUGCCAAGGAGGUCGCUGACUUCCUUGGAACGAGACAUCACACUUUCACUUUCACCAUUGAAGACGGUCUUAACGCCUUGUCCGACGUCAUCUACCACCUUGAGAGCUUCGAUGUGACCACCAUCCGCGCGUCAACACCCAUGUUCUUGCUUAGCCGUAAGAUCAAAGCUAUGGGAGUAAAGAUGGUCCUCUCGGGUGAGGGAAGCGACGAGAUCUUUGGUGGAUACCUCUACUUCCACAACGCGCCUGACAAGGCAGCAUUCCACAAGGAGACUGUCCGUCGUGUCGAGAACCUCCACUUGGCCGACUGCCUCCGUGCCAACAAGUCCACCUCCGCCUGGGGCGUCGAGGCACGUGUUCCCUUCCUCGAUAAGCAGUUCCUCACUACUGCCAUGAACAUCGAUCCCGCAGAGAAGAUGAUCACCAAGGAGCGCAUCGAGAAGUACAUCAUCCGCAAGGCCUUUGACACAACAGACGAGCCCGAGACCGCUCCCUACCUUCCCGACAAGAUUCUUUGGCGCCAGAAAGAGCAGUUCUCCGAUGGUGUUGGCUACGGCUGGAUCGACGCGCUCAAGGAUAACGCAGAAUUGAACGUCACCGAUGAGAUGAUGAAGAACCCCAAGCCUGAGUGGGGCAACGACAUUCCCGAUUCCAAGGAGGCCUACUGGUACAGGUGUAUGUUCGAUGAGCACUUCCCUCCUCACUGCGCAUCUACCGUUAUGCGCUGGACACCUACCUGGAGCAACCAGACUGAUCCUUCCGGACGUGCCAUCUCCAUCCAUCAACAGAAGUACGACGACGCGAAAUAGAUUAUGUAAAAAGCGAAAAUCCCCCCCUUUCUCAGCUAGUCUCGUUGGAGGACGAAAAAGGAAUCAAUCCUCCCCUGAAAUGAAAGAGCCUAAUAGACUGAUUACCUGCUUGCUUAUCUACUCAACCUAAGGGGUUCUCCUCAAGUGUAUGACUGUGUAUGUUUUUCUUUUCUUUCACAGAAAGGGGUUUGGAUACUAGACUUUUCUUUUCACUUGUUUUCAGGUCCUCGCUUUCAUGUCGUCCAUGUCGUCUGUUCGUUCUUUGUGUUAUAGAUUAAGGAUAAACGAUAACCGAAAUGAGAUGUCCUCACGGCCUCAAACUGAAC